AUGAGCCGGUCCCUGGCUCGAAUAACUGCAAUUCGUCAUAUAUCGCUCGUCAAACCUAAUGCCUCGAGCAUUGUCCCCGCACAAUUGGCCCAAAAGCUCGAUGUGGAACCCGUUUUCGGGUCGGAAAAUGAAAGUACCGAAUCUAGAUUCAAAACACUGGGGACUCCAGCAACUUUGUGUUCCGUAAGUCUACCGGCUUCGGUACCGCUGUAUGUGCGUCGUGGGUGUCUUGUUUCGCUUCACAACACUCAGGAUUUGCACAUCGAACAUAAAUGGGUCGAUGUCAUGUGGUCACUGAUAAAGUAUGGUUCAUGGCGUCCUGCUUUAUUCCAUAAACUGAUCUCACCAACACCAUUCAACGCUCUAGUGGCUCCAAAUGUCGGUCAUAGCCGCUUGACUUCGUGGUUUGGUUUUUCUUCGCAACCUUUCAGAACGCUUUGUCUUCUGACUCUAGACGGAACUCAGGAUUGGUACGUUUUUGGGAAAAACGGCUUGAUUGGAUACGAAGGCAACACAUCGUUGGAUAUCAGAACCUCAGGAAUAAUACGUUCGCGCUCCUCACCUCUUCCGGGAGACUAUCGAGUGUUGCAAGGCCGUGGGAAUGCUUUACUGAGUGGUGCAGGUUCUGUUUACACUAUCCAAUUAUCGGACGACUCAGAUGAAUUGAUUCUGAAAAGCGAGCAUUUGCUGGCGAUAAGCAGCAAAAACGAUUUGGAUCUCAAAAAUUCCACUUCUGAGUACCGUUUGGGAGCUUUGCCUACUCAACAACACGAGCAAACGGCUACCAAUAAAGUGUCAUCUACUCCCACAACCGUAGAGAAAACCCAGAGACCCGAACCCGAACCUUUUAACAUACAAAAAUUGGGACAACUGAUUUCCACGGCCGGAGUCAACUCGUGGAACUGGACCAAACGUGCAUACACGGCAUGGGCUAACGGUCGCACCAAGUACCUCAAAAUUCGUGGUCCUCGUACACUACUGGUUCAGAGUUCUCAUAAUGCCUUUAUGCCGGCGACCCAAUAUUCGCCUAAACAACCAGUUUCUAGCGAUCACAAGAUCGAAUCCUCAAAACCCGCGGUCAAUAAAAAGGACUAUUUGAGCUACGUUACUGUUAAUCCCAAUGGAAAAGUCGACUUCCAGAGCACUGGCAAUUUCGACUCCAGGGUCGCCGAAAUCGAAAGUUCAAAACGCAAAUGA